UGUCUGUUUAUGUUUAGCCGAUUAUUUUUUCCCCUAUCAAUAGAAAGAUAAAUAAAAUGUCUGUAGAAAACUUAAAAAGCUGGAUUUCGCAGCCCGACGUAUGUAGAUGCUGCUUGUCCACUUGUGGAGCGUGGGAUAUGAAUGCUCCGUACAUUUCAGAAGUCGGGGUGAAAGAAGUUUUCGCGGAUAUGAUACAGCAGUGUUAUGGAAUUACCAUAUCCCAUUUAUCCGAGUGGGGUCCAAGCCACAUGGUCUGCAGUUUGUGUGUGGAGCACCUUAGGGGCGCUCACAGUUUCAGGGAGCAGGUGUUACAAGCAGACACACGGUUCACUGAAUAUUGGAGAAACAGAAAUGAAAAAACUUCCACAGAUGUGGAAAUUAAAACUGAUAUUGAACUGGUAGAACAAAGUGUUGUAAACGGUCUAGAAGACGCCAUGUUUAGCGAUGAUGACUGUAUAUCACCGUUGAACGUAACACAUAAAGUCAAAACUAAAUCAAAUAAAGGGAGAGUGAGAAGAACUACAAAUAAAGCGGCGCAAAAGAGGAAGCUACCAACAGCGGAUGGAUAUGAUUCUGAUGCACCCAUAUCAUUGCUAAGAAAUAAAAUGAAAAAUAUCGCUGAGGAAAAAAUAGUGCAUCCGCUCGUCAAUGCAAGCGUGAAACAAGUUUCUGAACGCAAACGCGUCAUGAUAACUUGUUGUACUGUUCUCACUGAGACGACGGCCUGCCCCUUCAGACACCACAAAAGCUGGUUCCAAUGCUUCUUCUGCCAACAAGAUUUCAUGGAAAUCAACCUCCUCAGAGAUCACACGUCGCAAGCACACAUUGACAUAAAGGCGGAAUUAAAAAAAAUAAAACGCUACCCGCGCUCGCUUCAAAUUGAAAUUUCGAAUUUGGCAUGCCGUGUUUGCAAUUUGAAUUUGGAAGACGUGGAGUCGAUGCGCCGCCAUCUUGUAGACGUUCACAAUAAAGUUAUUUAUAAGGAAUGCAUAGCUGAUUACAAAGUUGACGGUAGUCCGUUCUCUUGCCAUUUAUGUAAAAAGGAGUUCCACGUGUUCAGGACACUAACUAUGCAUCUGAACGAGCAUUACGCUAACUGCAUAUGCGAUAUAUGCGGUAAAUCAUUUCUGAACACGAAAAGGUUGAAAAUUCAUAAACGUACACACGAAAACGGCGAUUUCCCUUGCAACGAGUGCGGGAAAGUAUUAAAAACCAAGAGUUCGAAGGCGAAUCAUAUGGAGAGUGCGCAUUCUAAACGCCAAUUGAAAUGUCAUAUAUGUUUACAACCUAUGAAACAUUAUAACGAUAGAAUUAAGCAUAUGUCCGAGGUACAUAAUAUAACGCAUAAGUUUGUGUGCCCGAUUUGUGACAGAGAGUAUAAUGUUAAGCAUUAUUUGGCGACCCAUAUGCGGCAGACUCAUGGUCACAAGAAUAAGAAGUGUUUAGAGUGUGGAAUGGCGUUUAUAACUAACUAUGGCUUGAAGAAGCACAUGUUGAAGCAUAGCGGAGAGAAAGCAUUCACAUGUAAUUUCUGCAGUAAGGCGUACGCUAGAAGUUACACUCUAAAGGCACAUCUGAGGUGCCAUGAAAAUGAUAGAUUCUGCUCAGAGUGAUUUAAGAGGAAAUGUGACAUCUAGAUUUAACAUAUACGUAUGAUCACGUCUAUAUCCCUUGCGGGCAGACAAAACCAAGUCUUGACCAUUAAGCUGAACAGCUGAACGUUCAGCCGUUCAGCUUAAUGGUUACUAUAGUUGCAUAUAGUAACAUAUAUAGGUAGGUGUAUGAUAUGCAAUAAAGAUUUUAAAUUAAAAAAACCUGUCCAAUUCGCGAUAAUCACAAGGAAGUUUGUAUAGGCUCUAUUUGUCGGUUUCUCGCCACCACAAAUGAGCGAGUUUCUCACCAGAGAAAUAAGCUAUCUAUUUUACUUCUUAUUUAAAAAAAAUAAUACAUUUUAAGACUAACCGAUUUUAAAAACUGUAACCAACAUGGCAACACACGCCGAUUUUUUUUCUGUAUUGGUGACUAAUGUUGCCACCCAAUCCGUGUAGUCACAUUCUUUGAAUUUGUUAGAUAAUGAGGAAAAGCAUGCAACUUUAGUUUGUGUUUGAAUAAAUGGCAUUUAUUUUAAUUUUUGAACUCAGUCACUUAAGUACUUAUAUGUACAUACACAAUCUUUUCAGAUUGGACAUGGCUUUUGUUUGUUUGUUUGUAAAUACUUUAUUGUACAUAACAAACUUUUUGUCGUACAUAAAAAGACAUUAAAAAUAACAAUGCACAAGGCUCUUGUGAUAUAUUGGUUAAUUUAUUUUUUUAACAUUAAUUUCUUUUGUCUAUUGUUAUUUAAAAAAAACACAUUUAUAAAAAUAAAUAUAUUUAAUAAUGAAAUACAACAGUUUGUAUCUUAAAGAAUAACGAAUCACCAGACAAAAAUUUACAUUGUAUAAUAAUUAUGUGGAAUUAAAAAUGUAAUUACCAAAAUAGCAAUAUAAGUCAGUAAGUACCAACAAGAUUAUGACUAGAAAAUUAAACAAAUAUAAUAGAAAAACCUUAUACAUAAUUUUUUCGUUUUGCAGUGUUGUAACAACUAUUAUAUCGUCCAUUUGGAAUGUUUUAUUUAGUUUAACUUAGUUCCCUUUUUCAAAUUAACCUUCUUUUCCGCCUUCGCAAUGAAUUUGUUUAUUUGAUAAAAGUUUUUGAAUUGUAUCACCUCUUCGGCCUUAACUCUGUCAGAGCGUCUCACAUAAGUCUUGCCCACUUUAAUAAACGCACUCACAUCCACCUUUACAACUAUUUUUUGGUAACGAGAGUACACAAUCUCAAUGUCGCUAUAAAUAA